AUGAGGAACACAACACAGUCCUCUACAGAGAGAGAAACUAGUUUUAGUUUACUGAAUGUGGAAAUGAAAAUAUAGAAAAGGGUAAAACUCAGAGAAGAAGAUAGUUGAUGUCUAAAAAUAUGUGAACGUCGUACGAGGUAAAGUCAGAACAGAUAUCACAGAUUCAACGCCACGAGAAUCCAGUCAUAUAUAUAUGACUGUAAACAUUUGAACUGCACCAUAAAUGUCUGGACGUGUGAAUGAUAGCAUGGAUAAAGGUUCAAUAAUGGACUCAGAAGACCGAAUAGAAAGGAUUGUUGAUAUCUACGUCAGUGCAGAGACUGUAAGAGACAUGAAACAUAAGAAAGAGACAGAAGACUUCAACACUGAAGAACCCCAAACACCUCGACACACAGAAGACUUCAACACAGAAGAACCCCGAACACCUCGACACACAGGAAGUGAUGGUGUGAUGAUCAGAAGCUCCAGAGCAGCUGCAGUAGUGUUUGUGCUGCUGUGUGUUCUUCUGCUGACUGCACGCAUUAUACUGUGUGCCACCUUCACUCAAGAGAGACAACAGCUGCUGACUAAAAUCACCAACCUCACUCAAGAGAGAGACCAGCUGAAGACUAAGAUCACAAACCUCACUCAAGAGAGACAACAAUUACUAACCAACAAUAUGAGCCUCACUCAAGAGAGAGACCAGCUGAAGACUAAGAUCACAAACCUCACUCAAGAGAGACAACAAUUGCUAACCAACAAUAUGAACCUCACUCAAGAGAGACAACAGUUGAAGACUAAGAUCAUCAACCUCACAGAAGAGAGAGACAAGUUAAAAUCAGAAAGAAAUGAUCUUAAGUUUGCAGAUGGACUGAAGUGUCAUCAAUCCAGUCUUUACUUCUUUUCCUCUGAGACGAAGAACUGGGAUGAGAGCAGAAGAUACUGUAGAGAGAGAGGAACAGAUCUGAUCAUCAUCAACAACAGAGAGGAACACGAUUUUGUGAAGAAUAUUUGUGGUUCUGAUCAUUUCUGGAUUGGUUUGACUGAUGUUGAAGUGGAGGGCAGAUGGAAAUGGGUUGAUGGCAGCACACUGACCUCUGGGUCCUGGGCGCCCAAAGAGCCAAACAACUAUCAAGGAAACGAAGACUGUGCUAACACUUAUUCAUCAGGAUGGCUUGAUACUAAAUGUGAUAGUAGUGUUAAAUGGAUCUGUGAGAAGAGUAUCCUUAAAUAAAUGAUACAUUAUAAUAAAAAUAUACAUAUAUACAUCAUGAACGGAUAAAUGUCAGUAAUUUUACCUGUUUUUUUAUGGCACAUUAAUUAGGU